AUGUUGAUCGGUUAUUCGCCACAGUUCUUCAUAAGUGACCGGAUGUUGAUUGGUUCUCCGCAACAGUUCUUCUUUGGUGACCGGAUCUUGAUUCGUUCUUCGCCACAAUUCCUCUUUGGUGACCGGAUGUUGAUAGGUUCUUCGCCACAGUUCCUCAUUGUUGACCGGAUGUUGAUUGAUUCUUCGCCAGAGUUCCUCAUUGGUGACCCGAUCUUGAUUGUUUCUCCGCAACAGUUCUUCAUUGGUGACCGGAUCUUGAUUCGUUCUUCGCCACAAUUCCUCUUUGGUGACCGGAUGUUGAUUGGUUCUUUGCCACAAUUCAUUGUAGCUGAUCUUGUCUUGGCACCUAAUGUUGAAAAUUCGCCUCGUGUCAAUAUCUUACGUCCUCUCUCUCUCUCUCUCUCUCUCUCUCUCUCUGUCAACCGGAAGCAACAUAACAUUACUUUUCACAUCUAUCUAUCUAUCUAUCUAUCAUUGCCUUCUGUUCAUUUCUAUCUAUCUAUGUCUGUUCAUUAUAUAUCUAUCAUUCAGUGUCAUUUCAUUAUCUAUGUACCUAUCUAUCUAACAUUAUCAGUUCGUUAUCUAUCUAUCUAUCUAUCUAUCUAUCUAUCUAUCUAUCUAUCUAUCUAUCUAAUCCUGUCUCAAUCUCCUCAUUAUCUAUCUAUCUAUCUAUCUAAUCCUGUCUCAAUCUCCUCAUUAUCUAUCUAUCUAUCUAUCUCUCUAUCUAUCUAUCUAUCUAUCUAUCUAAUCCUGUCUAAUCCUGUCUAA